AAACUGCGGUAUAAAGAGUUACAGCCGAAUGCACUCAAAACCUUAGUUAUUCUAUUACAAUAUCAGAACUAAGUACGAAGGGUACGGAAAAGUACGGAAAAGUGUGAAAAGUGAAUAAUAAAUUUUCAAAAAAAAAAAAGACAAGUGCAUCUAACAUUCUUCCGGCAUCGCUUUCAUUAAUUUAAUCUGUUUUAUAUGAACACUAUAGUUUAUACAGUUUGUACAGAAUGCUGGCGUUGGUGCUGAUAUUCCUGGUAUGUGGUCUAUGGGCCUGGUGGCGAAGGAACACCAACAAAGACGAACCACCAGCCUUCCCCGGCGGCUUGCCACUCAUUGGUCACGCUCAUCUUUUAAUUGGAGAUAGUAUACAAUUAUGGAACUCAGUGAAAGAGCUUUCGUAUGAAAGCUUGAAAGCUGGUGGCGCUAUAUCAGCUUCUAUUGGGCCGAGGACAAUUUACGUUGUUACCGACCCAGACGACUAUUUGACGAUCGCCAAUACAUGUUUACAAAAGGACAACUUUUACGAAUUUGCUAAGCCCUGGCUAGGCGAAGGAUUAGUGACUGGUGAUUUGCCAAUAUGGAGAGUGCAUCGCAGGCUGUUGAACCCAGCGUUCAGCCAGGUAGUUCUGGACGGCUUUCUGGGCGUAUUCAACGGACAGGCUCGCCGUCUGGUAAAAGACCUGGAGGCAGAAGUCGGCAACGGACCGUUCGACCAUUGGGUUUACACUCGACAUAAUGCUUUGGAAACUAUAUGCUUGACUGCUUUGGGAGUGGACUUCACAGACAAGAGCAUGCUCAACAGCGAGUACGUGAACGCGGCGGAGCAGAUGUUCAACAUCCUGGUGGACAGGUUCCAGAAGUUCUGGCUGCACAGCCACUUCAUAUACAGCUGGUCUGCGCUGCGGAAGAAGCAGGACCAGUGUCUGAAGAUCUUGCACAAUAUGUCAUACACUGUAUUACAAAAGAGAAAAGCAGAUUACUUGAAAAAUAGGAACUGCACGGAGGUCGAGGAGAAGACAAAAGGUCCAAAAUUCAAGCCGUUCAUGGACCUCCUUCUGGAACUGUCAAUAGAGAAGGGCGCCUUUAACGACCGGGAGAUCAGAGAACACGUAGACACCAUGAUCGUGGGGGGUCACGACACUUCGGCCAGCGUGCUCAUGUACACUAUGCUGCUCAUUGGAUCAUAUCCUCAUGUCCAGGAGAAAAUUUUUGAAGAGUUACACGUCGUUUUCGGUGACGACGACAGAGACGUCACGAAGCAAGAUCUGUCACAGCUGGUGUACCUGGAGGCUGUGCUGAAGGAAACCAUGCGCUAUUACCCCAUAGUGCCUGUUACUGCGAGACGACUUGAUCGAGACGUCAAGCUACGAAACUGCACUCUAACGAGAGGUCGAACGUGUUUCAUGUUCGUUUAUGGGGUCCAUAGACACCCCAUGUGGGGUCCAGAUGCUGAGGAAUUCAAGCCAGAACGCUGGUUGGACCCUGCAACGUUGCCAGAAUGUCCCACUGCGUUUGCUGGCUUUAGCAUGGGCAGAAGAAUUUGUAUAGGAAAAUCAUACGCGUACAUGUCAAUGAAGACCACUCUGGCGCACGUGUUCCGACACUACAAGGUCUCCGGGGAUCACACAAAGCUGGUCGCCAAGAUUGACGUCAUGUUGAAGCCUGACUCGGGAUACUACAUCACCAUAGAAAGGAGGAAAAAAUCCUGUUAAAUUUAAUUAUAAGACAAUAUUGUAUUUAAAUCAAAAUUAAAUAUAGUUAGUUAUAUUUAA